AUGUCAUAUUCAUCGCAUGGUAAGGGGAGAGUUGCCACGCUAUUUGCGGGCCCCGGCAGCGCCUCCAAUUCCUCAUCUUCAGUCAAUGAAAAUGUUGGGUUUCGUUUCGUCCUAGAUCGAACCGUUCAGACACUCUCCGACCAUGGGCUGCCAGAUUCUGAAAACUUCUCUGGUCUGUUAUUUGUUCCGGAUCUUGCGCCUCAAGAUCCUUGCAAUAAAAUUGUAGAGCCUUUUAUUCCAGAGAACGUUACACGUUACAAAGAUGUGUCAGACUUUGGAUAUCCGGUCAUUGGAAUCGCCCCAUGGGUGUCGUCAGAAUGUACUCAGGCCUUUUUGGCUGCCUCGCGGGAGGCCCAUACCGACGCCGCCAUAUUCUUCCAACUUAGCAACAAUACUGGAAUACCUCCGCCACCCAGUGAUCCGAUCUGGAGUCUGCAUGACCGUGGGCGAUGGAGAUCUGAAAAUGAUUUUCCUGUAUAUGGUGUGCCAGGCCCCGCCGGGGCGACCCUGAUGCACGAACUCACAUCAUACGGAUCAUCACACAAUAAAACAAGCAACACGACCAAUUCGUCGACGCACGAUUCCUCAGUUCCCGACAAAAGACUAUUCGUUAUGUUUCCACGUGUGCAUUUGAGCUCUGACAAACCAAACUUCACGCUCUUUUUGGUCGGAGUCAUAGGAGCAAUAAUUGCCUUGAGCUUCAUAUUCUGGGCUUUGUGGAAUUGGCAUAAACGAAAGCUGCGGACGGAACUUCAACGACGAAUUGAUGCUGGGGAACUGGAUGUCGAGGCUUUGCCGUUGGAUAGCAUGGGAGGGCAAGUGUCUCGGGCAGUACCUUUGACAGUGCCUCGAGAUGUUGUGGAAGCUUUGCCGUUGUUUACCUAUCCGCACUCCCCGGCGACUGAUGCAAAAGAUGAGGCACAGACGGAAGUGGUCGAGCUGAACGAUCAAAGUACAGAUUCAUCGUCAACCUCUCAUUCGCCUGACCCCAGCAUCCCACCAAUGCCAGUUUCGCCUGACUUCAACACUCCAUCACCUUCUCCUCAUGUGACUGGAAUAAGGAAACCCGAGGCUGCUGUUAUCAACCAAGGCACCGAUGAGCAGGAAGCUUACCCUCUUCCCAGCCUUCAUCCCUACCGGAUGAGCCAUACUCAGACAACUUGCGCCAUCUGCAUUGAGGAUUUCGUUGUUGGCUCCUCGGUUCGUCCCACACACAACCCUCAAUCCUCUUCUCUGCUUGAACUUUUCUUUGCAGUUGCGACUAACGACAACCGACGACCCUGUGAAGCCGACAAGAUGGGUGCCCUUAAGUACGUCGAAGAGAUCCAGAAGAAGAAGCAGUCCGAUGUCAUUCGGUUCUUGCUCCGCGUUCGCUGCUGGGAGCUCCGCCAGCUGAACGCCAUUCACCGUGCUUCCCGCCCCUCUCGCCCCGACAAGGCUCGCCGUCUGGGUUACAAGGCCAAGCAGGGCUACGUCGUCUACCGCGUCCGUGUUCGCCGCGGUGGCCGUAAGCGCCCUGUGCCCAAGGGUGCCACCUACGGAAAGCCCACCAACCACGGUGUCAACCAGCUCAAGUACCAGCGUGCUCUGCGUGCCACUGCUGAGGAGCGUGUCGGCCGCCGUUGCGCCAACUUGCGUGUCCUGAACUCCUACUGGAUCAACCAGGACUCCACCUACAAGUACUUCGAGGUCAUCCUCGUUGACCCCCAGCACAAGGCUAUCCGCCGUGAUGCCCGCAUCAACUGGAUCUGCAACCCCGUCCACAAGCACCGUGAGUCUCGUGGUCUCACUGCCACCGGCAAGAAGUCCCGUGGUAUCAACAAGGGUCACCGUUACAACAACACCAAGUCCGGUCGCCGCCACACCUGGAAGCGCCAGAACACCCAGAGCUACUGGCGUUACCGUUAA